AACUCACAAGUUUUAGUCAAUAUUUGCUUUGCACAAAGUUAUAAUUGAAUUUAUAUUUAUAAUUUAUUUAUUAAUUAAUUACCAAAUAUAUAGUAUAUAAACAAAAUUAGAAUAAAUUUUAGUUGACCUAACCCACAACGAGACCUUUGCGUUAUACAAACAACUAAACAAUAAAUGUUUAUAUUUGGUACUCCAAAAGUUUCACGACUGGAUGCGACGGGCUAAUAGAAGUAUAAAUAUUUAUUAAUUUCAAAGCUAAUUUACGAAAAUUUACCUCUUGAUAAUAUUUAUUAGAUUUUAGCAUGGAGUCGUCAUCUAUUGUAAGCUUUAAUAAUGAUUCAACUUAUCAGACCACCUUGAAAGGCGACUAUAAUAACAUCAGUGUUCACGAACUAGCCCUUCAUGCGAUGCGAGACAGGUGCUUACUUCUCCAAAGAAGAAUAAAUUCAUUGGAAAGUGACAAUAUAAAACUGAAACUUGAUAUAACUAAAGUCACUGAAAAUGCAUCAUAUACACCAAUUAGAGAUGAUGAGAAGUGUGCAUUACAAGAAAAAAUUGCUGAAUUAAACAAACAAAAAUCGCAAUUAUUACAUCACGUAUUCAUGGUUUCUUGUGAAAAUAAAAACCUGUGGACUAAAAUUGCUACAUUGAAAGGACCAGAAAAAAAAGAAUACACAAAGCAACCAUUAGUUCGUACUAAUACAUAUAUUCAAAGCAAUCCUAAAACUGCACAAUUUCAAGAAAAAUUUCCUGAACCAAGUUUAGAAGAAAUUUCAUUAAAGUUAAUCAAUAGCUUCCUACAAGAGAAGUCUCAAUUGGUUGAUCAGUAUGAACAAAUGACACAACUUCAAGGAAUGGAAGAUGACUGUAUUCUAAAUCUUGAUUCUAUAGGAUUUCAUUACCUGGAAGAUCCAUCAACAGAUUCUUUAAAAGAGAUUCAGACCCAAGCUGAAAAGUUUCAAUCAUUAAAAAAAGAGGUUGCACAGCAAGAAAAGGACUUAAGAAGUGUGAUAGCUAGAUUAGAAAGUUUAUUGAGUGAUGGCUAUAUGUGUUUAACAUGUAAAACAAACAAAGGAAAACCUAUUGAAAUGGAAGACAAGGAAACUGAAGUCAUCCAAAAUUUAGUUAAUUUUGCAACACAAACUGAUUCCAUAUUGUUUGACAAUUUUUCGGACAUUAAUAGUACAUUGGAUAAAGUAUGUUUAGAAAGCAACGAAAAUAAACAAGAAACUUAUGAUAAAAUUUGUCCAAUGUGUGGUGAAACUUACAAAGAUGAUGUAGGCUUUGCAGACUUCCAGUCACAUGUAGAGAGUCACUUUAUUGGUGUUACAGAGACUGAUUCAUUAGAAAAUUUAGACAUUCAUAACUCAUUUGAAAAUGUUAUUUAAUAUUGUCUAUUAUGUAAGCUUUGUUGUAUUAAAACAAUGGUUCCAAUGUUGAGCUGCAUUAAUCUAAUAAAAUCGUGAUGUAUUAAAAUGUAAUUUAAUUAGCAUGUAUUUUUAUGAAUGUCAGAUAUUAACCUGUUACAUAAAUAAAUUAUGAUGUAUAAAAUUGUUUUUAAGGGGUGAUACUAGAAUUAUGCCAACAAAGGUAAAACUAUCAGUAUAGAAAGAGGCCGUUAACUUGUUUUGUUAAGUCAAGAUCAGUGAUCAUACAUUCCAUAUGCAUUGUAGCAUAAUUGUUGUCACAGACCUUGUCACCAUUAUGUAGUUACAUAGCAAUGUAAUUCAUUAUUAUAAUUUGACAAUUUUAUAUCUAUCUUAAGCAAAUUUAAAAGCUAAAUUUAUAGUUCAUUAGUAAAUCUAGUAGUGACAUUAUGAUUAAUAAAAAAUAAACUUCUUUGUA